GAGAAACAGAGGUGUAAUGGCGGAUGCAAAGUAAGCUGUCAAAGUAUGGUGCAUUAUAUUUUUGCUUUGAUUCAUAAACGAUCAAAUAUAUUUCACCGAUUAAAGAAAGAAAUAGUAAAUAUGCGUUGAAUAUAUGGAAUUAUGAAAUAAUUAAUCGAUGUAAUUUGUAUAUAUAAUUAAAAGUACGAAUAUCUUGUAUAUACUAAUUAAUAUUUCUUAAAACUGUUUUUACUUUAUAAUGAUGAAUAAUCGGAGACGAACGAAUAAUUUCACUUAUGUUAGUUCUUGUGUGAAAUAUAUGAUAUUUAUGCUCAAUUUUGUUUUUUGGUUAUUUGGAGGACUUCUAAUUGGAGUAGGUUUAUAUGCAUUUGUGGAUAAAUGGCAAGCAACUGGUUCUGUUAGAGUGGAAAAUGUAUAUGAUGUAAUUCUCAAUAUUUCACUUGUAAUGGUUAUUGCAGGAGCAGUAGUCUUUGUUGUUAGUUUUGCAGGAUGUGUAGGAGCAUUACGUGAAAAUACUUGUCUUCUUAAAUUUUAUUCAUUGUGUCUAUUGGUAUUCUUUCUGCUUGAAAUGGGUAUAGCAAUUGUUGGUUUUAUAUUUCCACAUACAUUACAAUCAUUAUUGGAAGAGUCAUUCACAGAUAAAAUCAUACAAACAUAUAGAGAAGAUCCUGAUUUACAAAAUUUUAUUGAUUUUGGUCAGCAAAAAUUCAGGUGCUGUGGUUUAAGUCAAGAAGGAUAUUUGGAUUGGGGAAAGAAUGAAUAUUUCAAUUGUUCCAGUCCUAGUGUAGAACGUUGUGGUGCACCAUUUUCAUGUUGCAUUAAUGCUACAGAUAUAUCAAGUGGACUUGUGAAUAUAAUGUGUGGCUAUAAAGUACAAAUGCUACCAGUUUCUGAAGCAGGUAAAAAAGUGUGGACUAGUGGGUGCAUUGAAAUUGUAAGAAGUUGGGCAGAACGCAAUUUGUACACAAUAGCUGGUAUUGCUUUAGGUAUAGCUCUUAGUCAAUUAUUUGUCAUUUAUCUUGCUAAAACAUUAGAAGGCCAAAUUGAAUUGCAAAAAUCUCGUUGGCAUUCCUGAGCUUGACUUCAGGCCACCUACCGCUAUCAAAUUCCUCCCAAUAGGCAGGUGGCCAAUAUUCGAUCAAGAGGUCAUGAUACUAAAAAAUGUGGAAAAAUUCGAAUGGCUUUACUUAUUAGUAUUGCAGUUCUUGUAUACAUAAUUUCUAUUUUUGUUUUCAUCAAACUUUUUUUUUAUUUCAAGAACAAUUUUCAUUUAUAUUUUA